CCCCUAAAAGCUGCAGCUUUCUAGUUGAGUUUCACUCUGGAGCAGUGAUGCUCAACUGGUGGGUCGGGACCCAAAAGUGGGUCACACGCAAGAAGACCCACAUGUUAAGUGAACGUGGCGAAACUCAAGCCUGACUCCCUGCUGCUACAAUGAAACUGAAUUGUUCCAUGAUGCAGUGUUGGUUGUUGACUGUUGUUUAGUGAAGUAAUCUCAGUUUAAGACACACAUUUCACUCGGUGCAUUUUACGUAAAAACAUCAACUGAGUCUGUUGUUACGUUUAGGAACAAUGUUGCUGAAAUGUUCUGAUUGCUUUAUCAGCCUUAUGACUACAUGCAUUUUUUUUUUUUUGGUUUUCUGGAGUUGGGUCGCGGCUUGUCAUUAAGGGGUGACGGUGGGUCCAGAAGCCGGAUCACGUGAGAAGCACCGCUCCAGAGCAUCUCUGCUCCUCCAUUCAGCUGAGCUCACUGCAGAUCCUGCUCCUUUAAGGCGGACACGUCGGGCCAGUUGAGAAAUAUCACUUAACUGAAAGAGGGUGGCGCUUAACCAGACGGUGACACUGACUGAUCAUAAGAAACCACCGUCGGACUCCACAUCAAUGGGAAACUGAGCGGAAUCUUCUCAACACCUCUGACGGAAGUUGUUUUGUUUUUCCGUGAUUACUGUUGGAUUUCGACCCAAAGUUCGUCGAGCGGUUCUUCAAAAGGCGGGUACUGGUGUUAAUUGAGGUCGAAAUCCGCGGCGGUGUAAACAAUUGUAUUUGGUUGAAGAAGUUACGCAUUAAAUACUGUGGAGCUACGCUGCGGGGUCCACGGAGGAGCGCCGGUGUCCCGCACAGACUGCGCUCGGGUUCACGCAGUUCCCGGAGGUCGGCGAGAGUCACCGCUCCGCUCCGGCGCGUUACUCAUCCGCCGCUGGUGACGACAAGCUGAUGUGAAACAUGCUGCAAAAUGGAAACGGGAAAGAGCGGCCGCUGCGAGCGCCCACGGCGGAGGCGGAGCCGGUGUCCCCGUCCGUCAGCCCGACCCGGCGGCCGCCCGCUGCCCAGGCGGCGGAGCCCGAACCCGAGCCCGAACCCGAACCGGAGCCCACGCACUUCCCGCUGCCCGCGUAUCCCAAAGUGGAGAUAAGGCGCAACGCGGUCACGGACGAUUAUAAGAUCUCCACUCAGGUGCUGGGCUUAGGGAUCAACGGCAAAGUGCUGGAGUGCUUCAACAAGAAGACCGGAGAGAAGUGUGCGCUGAAGAUCCUCUACGACAGCCCCAAAGCGAGGAGGGAAGUGGAGCUUCACUGGCGGGUGUCAGGAGGGCCGUACAUCGUUCGCAUUCUCAGCCUGUACGAGAACAUGCAUCACGGGAAGAAAUGCCUGCUCAUCAUCAUGGAGUGCAUGGAGGGAGGGGAGCUGUUCAGCCGGAUUCAGGCCAGAGGAGACCAGGCCUUCACUGAGAAAGAGGCGUCUGAGAUCAUGAGAGACAUUGGCACGGCCAUCGAGUUUCUACACAACAUCAACAUCGCACACAGAGACAUCAAGCCGGAGAAUCUGCUGUACAACACCAAAGAGCGCAACGGCGUCCUCAAACUGACCGACUUCGGCUUCGCUAAGGAGACGACGCUACACAACUCACUACAGACCCCCUGUUAUACGCCGUAUUACGUGGCGCCGGAGGUUUUGGGCCCGGAGAAAUACGACAAGUCGUGCGACAUGUGGUCCCUGGGCGUCAUCACGUACAUCCUGUUAUGCGGCUUCCCCCCGUUUUACUCCAACACGGGUCAGGCCAUUUCCCCGGGCAUGAAGCGCAGGAUCAGGAUGGGCCAGUAUGAGUUCCCGAACCCGGAGUGGGCUGAGGUUUCACAGGAAGCAAAAGAUUUGAUCCACCAGCUACUGAAGACAGACCCCAACGAGAGAAUGACCAUCACUCAAUUUAUGAACCACCCGUGGAUCAAUCAGUCCAUGGUGGUGCCCUCCACUCCUCUCCACACCACCCGGGUCCUGACUGAAGACAGAGACAUGUGGGAGGACGUGAAGGAGGAGAUGACCAGCGCCCUCGCCACCAUGCGUGUGGACUACGACCAGGUCAAGAUUAAGGACCUGGACACCUCCAGCAACCCGCUGCUCAACAAGAGGCGCAAGAAGGCGGCGGCCGGCGCCAAGAGCGGCUCCACGGUGUGUCAGAGCCAGUGACGGAGCCGAGGAGAGGUCCAUGAGCAGCUGUUCAGCGCUGUGGAGACUGGGUGAUGGAAAGGACAAUGAAGUGAAGGACAAUCGAGUCAGAGCUAUUUAUAAGACGUGACAUCGCGCCUGUUUGAUAUAAACUGCUCAGCUCCCUGCAGAUUUCAGAUAUUUCAUGUACUGUAUGUGAUUUUUAGAUGUGCCUGAGCAUCUGUUGUGAUGAUUUGUUUGUGUAUUUGAAGGCUGCCUGCCCCGCGUGAGCCGUGUGUGCAGCUCAAGCACAGGCGCCCUGAAAAAGCUGACGAACCUGUCGUCUCGAAAGAAUAAAAGUCCGACACGUC